AUGAACACUCCUCGAGGAGGGCGAAGACGGCCUUCGGACAUUGCAAGAGGUUCCAAGACUCCACGAAAACUGAGACGGGCCAAAUCGGUCGAUUCCAUGGAAGAGCCACUACCACCACAGCCGCCACAAGUAGAACUACUGGAAGGCAACAACCAUAGCAGACACAAGAAAACACGCUUGCGACGCAUGAAAUCAGCCGAUGAUGAACCGAAUGGCACAGUCGUCACAGCUGCGAACAGUACAACCACAACCAACAAAUCUCUGCAAGGCUUGGCAGGAUCGUUGCAGCUCGUAGCCGACAAUGCAGGGUCACGAUUGAUGAAGGGAGCUGCUGACGAUGACGACAACAGUUGUGUCUUGAGUGUCGCCGAAUUGAGUCAAUCGGCCAUGUCCGUCAAUAGUCGCGCCGUCGAAGAAGAAGCCAAACAUCAAGUCACUACUACUACUACUACUGCUCCACCGUCGGUCAUACGGAAAGGAAGACGCAACUCGCUUGGAGGAGCCCCCAAGACUCCUCUCAAAAAACAAAUCUCUAGUAGCAACGGAAUGACGCCCAAGACGCCAUUGAGGAAACAGAAUUCGACUCGAAGCAGCAAUGGCAUGGUCCCCAAAACUCCUCUCAGAAAGCAGAGUUCUAGCAGCAAUGGCAUGGCAACCAAGACUCCACUGAAAAAGCAAAACUCAAGCUCUCCCCUCAGAAAGCAAGAAUCUUCCGGCAACGCCAUGACACCAGCACCAGCACUCAAGAAACAAAAUUCCAUUACAAUCACUAGCGACGAUUCACCUGAAAAUGACACAAUUGAUAACGACAACCACGACCACCAUCCUCCACCACAGCAACAGCAACAGCAACAGCCACAAGACAGGAACCAGAGCUCCAAGCACAUUUAUGGAAAUAGCAGUCACCAUGAUUCGGAUCACAGAGGUGGAUUGCAAUUACCGCAUCAUCUCAAUGCCACCAAGCAUCAAUUGACACAGCAAGAUGACGAUGCAACCUAUGAUGGCAUUGACAGCUUUCACAAUGCAUCUGCUUCGAGUAUUCCACAAGCUCAAUUGCCACAGCCGCAAGAACUAUUGCAGCCGCAAACGCCCCGACAAUCACGACGACGAGACGAAAAUCGGAGUAGUGAUCCUGGCAACAGACCCAAAAGUCGAGACAGCAGCGGCAGCAACAGUCGAGCCCGUAGUCAUUCCUCCAGUCGCGCCCGCAGUCGGACCCCAAGAGAGCAUCGCAGCAGUGGCAAUCAUCAUCAUCAUAAAGAACGAGAUCAUUCCGGAGGAAGCAAAAAUUCGAGACGGUCCAUGAAAGACUCCAGUCGCGGAGCCCGCGGUAGUCGAGAUAGCAGGAAAGGAAUGCGAGACGCCUCCAGUCGUAGCCUCAAGGAUGCUUCCAGUCGAAGUCUAAAAGAUGCAUCGAGUCGAAGUUUGAAGGAUGCCUCCAGUAGGAGCUUGCGUGACAACCACAACAACAACAAGUCCAGUUCCAGCGCCAUGAAAGAUGACAGCAGCGGCAACCAUCAUAGCGGCAGCAGCAAAUCACCUUUGCGACACAAUAGAUCCCGUCAUCAUCAACGAUCCCGAUCCACGUCCAAACGACGCGUCAUGGAAGAUUCGUCCCGAGGACACUCAAAGCGAAAAGUCGUCGACAACGACGGGGAUCAACGUCGCCAUACGCUCUCACGGUCCAUGUCCGCGUCGAGUCGAAGAGACGACGGAGGAGUGCGUCGCGGUUCCAAGCGUCCUUCCAACAGUAACAGCGCUAGUACCAGCCGACAACGAUCGCCGUCCAAAGCCAGUGGACGCAGGGGAUCGCCGUCGCCACUCAAACACAAACAACAACACGAAACCGAACACAGCAGUGCCACGCCACCGGGAGAAGAAACCAGCGAAAUGUCCCGGUCCCUGCCACGAAGAACCAGAAGUUCCACCAGUCUCUCGGGAUCAGCUCGACAUCAUCAACACCAUCGAUCGCAGUCUCGCAAUCGAAGAUCCUCCUCCAGAGAUGCCAAAACCAAUCGCCGAAUGUCACGCGGGAUGGAUGAUCGAUCUGAUCCAGUCCACAACAAGGCAAACUCCAACAAGCAACAACAACCACAACGCACGCAUCGUCAUUCCAUCUCCACAGGCGGCUCUGCCAUGGAUUCGUCGUCGGAUCGACGAAGCGCAUCACGACGACGGCGAAGUAUUAGUCGUCGCAAUGAUACCAAUCAUUCACCGCCAAGAUUGCGCUUGGGACAAACCGCGGAAUCGGCAUUGGAUCAAUCGCUCAAUUCGCUUCUCAGUGCCUACAAUAAUCAUUCCGAUCAAAAUCAAAAUCCACUAAAAGGAGGACCACAGGAUUCCUUUUCCACGACGGGAUCUGAAUGGAUGGAAAGCAUUGUGGGCAGCAAAAAAGACAAGGAGAAGAAAGAAGAAGAAGAAAAGGAAAACGCCGAAAACAACAAUCACAAAGACGAGACUAUUACUACGACUUCGACCGUUCCACAAGAUUCAUUUUCCAAUACCCUGGGCAUGACCGCCGCAGAAGAUACGUUAAAGUCUGGUACGGAUGACGCAAGUGUUGCUCCCAUUCAUCAAUCUCAUCAUCAAGGUGCGGCCAGUAAGGGCAUCGGGUCGAUUGCCAGGCGUGUGGGGCGGAAACUGUCUCUCAAACCCAAGGAACGACCGUUGCCGCUGCCGAUGACCAUUGACAUUAAGGAUCCUUCGGCAGCAACAAACACAGACGACGAUCAACAAGACAACAAUAAUAAUCAUCGUCGACUGCCGUCGAGAAGUGAAAGUUUACUUGGAAGGAAGAAACCCAGCAAAGAAAAGGAAUCCAAACCGCUUGCCACCGAAACAGCCACAGAAGAAGACGAUGUUGACGGUGGUGACAAAAACAUGGAGUCUGCCAGCGGUGGAAUGGACAUUCAUUGCAAGGCACCAUUGACGGUCAAAAGGAGUAAAAAGGCUAAGCUGUCGGCUCUGGCACGGACUCUGGCGGGACGAAAGCAAUCCAAAAAAUUGCAAAUGGCAAAACUCCAUGAUUCCUUCAUGACCAUGGGGACAGCCGAUCGGGCCAUUUUGGAAACGAACCAAGCCAUGCAAGAGGCAUUGAAGGAAUUCGGUUUGGAGGCGGCAGACGAUGGAAAGAUAAUGGCUGUCACCGACGAAUUCGACGAUGACUUGGAAUUGAUUGAGGGACUGGAAAGCGAUCCGGGCUUGCAGUUGAACUUGAUGAAAUCGUUUGCUCAGUUGGAUUUCAUUGGUAUGGGGCUGGUCGGUGCUGAAGAUGAUGACACCUCGGAACAUGAAGACGAUCCUAUUGGUGCCAUGAAGAAUAGUCAAGUCUUGACCAAUGCAUGCACCGCAGAUUCGGAACAACCGUUGUCUAUUUUGUCUUCGUCCAAAUUGGGUGGGUCCAAACCGGAGUUGGUGGUUAGACGAAACAAGGGAAGUCAGCCCAAAUCGUCCAAGAACAAAGAUGACCAUCGAGACGAAGGCACGCCUGCCCUCAGGAGACGAAGGAAGAAAAUGCUUGCACGGUCUCAAACAGAAGGGGAGCGGGCAACCGCAGAGCCCUUUGAUUGGGAAAAGCAUGCAGGAAGGCGUCGGCGCAGCCAGUCCCUGACAACCUUGAGAGCAAAUGCACAGAGACAGAAACAGAGAUUCCCCAAGAACAUGCCACGAGGUGGCCCAUCCGACAACAUCAACCCCUACAACAACAAUGACAAGGCGCAGCAUUCGAAGGACCUUGACGACAGCGAGGGUUCGUUUGAUGCCUCCGUUUUGUCCGAAUCUGUAGAGGCAGAACAGGAAAACGAUGAACGCGUCGGGGCGUCUCUGCCGGCAAUCUUGCAGCAUUCUCACAACAGCAGUCAGCGCUACAGCAAUGGACAUGCCAGCACGCCCGAGGUGAAAGUGCAGUAG